UGUACUGUUUGCCUAAUGUCAGUUUUAAUUUCAUCAGUGAGUGGUGACAAAUUGAGAUUUUAGAUUAUUAAUUGUUAAAUUUGUUACUUUGUUGGGUGCGUGCUGCAUAUCUUUUGAUUAAAGUAAGAUGGCUAACGAUGAAAAUGUGUUAAAACAAUGUUUGUCAAAAUAUAAAUAUCGGGACUAUACCUCCAAAGAGGUCAGUAGUUUGUUACACUUGUAUCGAAGCUUGACUUUUAGAUUAGAAGCUUUUGUUUUUAAUAACGGAGCACGAAAGGAUUUACUGAAUCUCGAAGGUACUAUUCCUGUGAAUUACAAAGGUGCAUAUUACAACAUACCAGUGUGCAUUUGGCUCAUGGACACUCAUCCUCAAAAUGCUCCAUUGUGCUUUGUAAAGCCUACUCCAGAUAUGUCGAUAAAAGUAUCAAAAUAUGUUGAUAGCAAUGGAAAAGUUUAUUUGCCAUAUUUGCACGAGUGGAAUCCAAAUGGCUCUACAUUGCAGAAUCUUGUUCAGUGUAUGAUUGCUGCCUUUGGUGAAUUACCACCGGUAUAUUCUAAGCCACGUAAUGAAGUGCGUGCACCAUAUCCCGCUGGUGCAUUUAUGCCGCAACCUUAUCCCCAUCCUCAAGUACAGGUUCACCCACAGCCACCAUAUCCUUCAUUUACUCCAUAUCCUGCAGCAUCUAACUUGCCUUACCCUGGCUAUGGUACUCCAUACCCAGGUCCACCCACUAGUGUUAAUGGGACUCCCUACCCAGCAGCUAAUACUACACCGUAUCCUCCCUCUACAAGCUAUGGGCCAAGUCCAGAUGUUGCUGGUGGUACUAUUACAGAAGAACACAUAAAAGCCUCCUUGCUAUCAGCUGUUGAAGAUAAACUUAGGAGGAGGCUAAAGGAGCAAUCUCAACAAUCCCAAGCUGAACUGGAGACCUUGCGCCGAACUCAACAAGAGUUACGUGAAGGCAAAACAAGGCUGGAAGACAUACUAGCUAGAUUGCAGAGGGAGAGGGCAGAUUUAGAUAAGAAUGUUGCUGUUCUGCAAGAAAAGGAGAAAGAGUUAUUAUCUGCUGUAGAGAGAUUGGGAGAGCAAGAAGGUGUAGAUGUGGAUGAAGCAGUUGUAACAACAGCUCCUUUAUAUACACAGCUAUUAAACGCAUUUGCUGAAGAAGCCACACUGGAAGAUGCUAUAUAUUAUAUGGGGGAAGCUUUACGUAAAGAAGUUAUUGACUUGGACACAUUUUUAAAACAAGUACGAACAUUGGCCCGUCGACAAUUCACUUUGAGGGCAUUGAUGCAUAAAUGCAGGCAAAAGGCCCAACUAGCUUGCUAAUGGUAAACAAAUACCAACAAAAGAUAUAGAUGUUUGUGAGAUAUACUGUUCUAUCUCAAAUGAUAUAUUUAAAUGAUUAUAUUUCAUAGAAUUCUCAUGAUAAGCUGGGCUUGUAUUUUAUGUUAUUUGUAAAGAUUAUAGUUUUAUAUUUUAAUCAGUUAUAUAUCAAAUGGCAGUUUGCCUUUGAAUAAUUAUGCAUGUGCAUUGUCUGCAUAUAGAUAAUUUAUGUUUAAAGCUUAUGUUAAUUCACUUCAAUUUAGAAAUAGUAAAAUCAACAUUUCAUUAAAAUUUGUAUCCAUUAUGUUUAAUUAGCUUUUAUAUUUAUACCCUACCAUAUCAAAGGGUUGUAGAGUGUCUACACUUUAUGAUAAUGCUACAUAAAAAUUAGAUUUAAAGUAAAUGUUACUCAAUACUAAAUUGUGGAUAUGAGAUUUUGUAAUGACUAGACAAUAAGACUCAAAUGUACACUAAAGGCUGGAAAUUGUUGUGGACUGCAGGGCUUUUGUUAUCAAUAAUCAUUUUGUAUCAUAUGUGAUCACAUAUUUUCUAGUGUUACUAUUAAUAAGUUUAUAAAUACGGCGUUACUUCGCUAAGUUAAAAGAUAUCUAUAAAAUAUGGCAUGUAAAAUUUCUUAAA